AUGGAUCACAAUGAUAGAGAUGAAAUUUUCACCAUUCUUAUAUUAGAGGAGAUGAGCCUCCAAAUGUUGCUUUUGUGUAUGAUGUAUAUGCUAGUAGUGUCCACUGCUGCUGAAAGGCACUACCGCAAGCAUAUAUUGAAGGAUCGGACAUUUAUUAGAAUCCAAGCUCGUUUAGAUCACCUUGACCGCCUCAUUAAGAGCAAUGACUUGAAUUGUGUGGAACAACUUAGGAUGGAUAGACGUACAUUUACUCUACUAUGCGAGUUGGCACGUACAAUUGGUGGGUUAAAAGAAGAUGGACUUGUAACUAUAGAAGAACAAAUGGCCAUGUUUCUACAUAUACUUGCCCAUCACGUGAAAAAUCGAGUCAUCAAGUUCAGAUUUAUGAGGUCUGGGGAGACAAUAAGUAGGUAUUUUAACUUAGUUUUAAAUGCAGUGAUAAGAAUGCAUAGUGUGCUUCUUGUCUCACCUGAACCGGUUCCAGAGGAAUAUGCCGACGAGAGAUGGAAGUGGUUUAAGGGUUGCUUAGGAGCAUUAGAUGGCACAUAUAUAAGGGUACGUGUUCCAGAGGUUGAUAAACCAAGGUACCGAAAUAGAAAGGGUGAGAUUACAUCCAAUGUAUUAGGAGUUUGCUCACGUGAUAUGAGAUUCGUUUAUGUUUUACCUGGAUGGGAAGGCUCAGCAGCAGAUUCUAGAGUGCUUCGAGAUGCUAUAGUUAAACCCAAUGGUUUAAAGAUCCCCGUUGGUAAUUAUUAUCUUGUAGAUGCUGGAUACACAAAUGGGGAGGGCUUUCUUGCUCCUUAUAGAGGUACUCGAUACCAUCUAUCUGAGUGGACAGAAGGUCGUACACCAAAUUCACCCGAGGAGUACUUCAACUUGAAGCAUUCUCAAGCUAGAAAUGUCAUAGAAAGAUGCUUUGGUCUACUUAAGUUACGGUGGGCUAUUCUUAGGAGUCCAUCUUUUUAUCCAAUUAGAACGCAAGGUCGAAUAAUCAUAGCUUGUUGCCUUCUGCACAACUUGAUAAGAAGAGAAAUGGCUAUUGAUCCAAUCGAGGCACAGUUAGAUGAAGUUGCUACCACUAUUGAAGAUGUGGAAACAAUUGAUGUUGUCGAGCCGUCGGAUCAUUGGGCAACAUGGAGGCAAAAUUUGGCAGUACAAAUGUUUAAUGAGUGGAAUGCAAGUCGAGGACAUGGAGGAGUUGUAUGA